CUUUAUUAGUUUUUGAGUGUAUCACUAUGAAUUUUAAAAAAACUUUAUGGAUAAAAUAGUCAAAAUCAGGAGAGAAGCUGACGAGAAAUUUUGCUAUAUCAAUAGGAAAAAACAAAUCUAUUUUCAUAUUAUAAAUCGUCGAAUAACCUUGAGAUAAGAGGAGAUUCUAAUAUCACUAUAAAGAAGGUUCAAAAUUUUAUUUUAGGUCAUAUGUACAAAUCUCAUCUAUUACCUUCUUCCGAUUUGUUUGAAUCCCCUUGUUGAAAUUUCUAAUCCACCACUGGUCACCAUGACAACAAUAUAGUUGCGGAAAUUGAAGAAAUAUGAACAGUCGAUAUGACCCGCCGAAUGAUCCUACAAUCAAAAGUUUAAACUUUUUUUUUCUUAAACUCUGUACCAAACAUUGUCACACAAAUGGGAACGGUGGAAGUAAUAAAGUGGCACGAAUCAACUAUAAGGUGAGAAAGAAACAAAAUGUGUGAACACAUGAGCAUGCGUUUGUUAGGGUACGCUUGGAACUCACAUCAAAAUUAGUUUGACCUGUUUAUUGACCAAGUAAUUACUUAGUCGUGAUUGAUUUGACUGUAAUGGAAGGAACGUAAUAGCCUACAAAUCCUUAAAUUUACUAUGUAGUGUAAUUAACUGCACCUAGCAAGUGACCAGGAUAUGCCCUUGGUGAAAAUUCCUUCCUUUUAGCUUGUGCAUUUGCAGAUAGUUCAUAGUUUUGCUAGAUUUAUCGCAAAUGUAGCUUGGUUUUUGCAGAUUUUUAGCAUAUGCAUUAGAUCUAUUUUAAUUGUUUAAGACAAUUCGAAAAAUGGAAUGAACUGGUUGGUCAAUUUUCACCAAACACUAAAGCAGCCUUGGAUUCGUUGCAUUUAGAAAAUUGUUUAAUCAAAAGAUGAAUAAAAAAAUUGGAUAUUAAUUAUACCGAGGCAUUUUGGACUCACUGGCUCACUAUUUGAUUUCAUUACUUCAAGAAAAGUCAACUACAGCUUUUCAAUCUUUCACAUCAAAUUUCUUUCUCAGUUUUCUUCAAUUGAUUCCAUUUUUGGACAUUUUACAAAUUCAGCCAAAAAAGAAUAUUUGUUUGGCUUACAUGAUCAGCUGAGAGCAAACAGAAAAAUCAUCUGAAUCCAGGACUUUGUGUUUAAAGCUUCUGCUUAAAAUCAGCAGAAGAUAGCGGCAAGGACAAAGGGAUGGCCUACAGUAUUGUUGAUGAUCUCUUGAAAUGUCUGGAAUAUUGUGUAGACAGUCAUGAAGUCUCGCCUUCUGAGAUGGAUGAUCAAAUCCAGACCCUUAAAAUGGAUUUAAGGCUUCUGAGGACUUUCCUUAUGUGUUCAGCUUGUCGGUACGUUGAGGAUAGCGAAUCAAAAAGUGUGUUGAUGCAUGUGGAAGGUCUGGUGCGAAAUGCGGAAUCAGAUUUUCAAUCUCUCUAUACUAAGAGUAUAAAUGGAAACAUGCCUACUAGCAUGGCUCAACUGGUUACCAAUGCCAUGGAAAAGGUUAAUAUUUUGAAAGCAGAAAUUACACAGGUCUAUGCAACUGUUUUGAUCUCAAAUUUUUCUCAUUCACUUUUUUGUGACAAAUUUGUUGUGGAAUUCACUGAUUGUGUACUGGAAAAUUUAAAGGAUUUAAGGGAAUGUAUCGCAGCUUAUUUUCCUAUGAAUGGGGAAAUUAUAACUCUUGAAACAAAGCUAAUAUUCCUGAAGAAUUUCUUAAGGUUUGUAGCGAAGCUGUCCGUUGAAAAUGAGAAAUUUCAAGAUCUUUUGGCUCAUGCAUCGGAUGUGAUCAGUGAUGCAGCACAUCUAUCUUAUAGGUGUUUUAUUGGCAAUGCAAGUGAACCAGCUGAAUGCGGAACUAAUAAUGAUGCCAUUUCCUCUUUGGUUCGACGAAUCAUUCCUAUCAACUGUGAUGUCAUUCAUUAUUAUAUUCCCUGUCAGAAGAACACUUUAGCAGUGGAAGAACUUGAUGCUGGUUUUCUUGAUUUUCUCCUGGACACUCUUGCAGAGCUAGUAAACUAUUUUUCAAACUAUAAUAUCAAUGGCCUUGUUGAAGACUUGAUGUUUCUGAAAAAUUAUCUCUCAGAUCUUCCGGAGCAGUAUCCUGAGUUGGUAAAGUUGAUACUGAUACAUAUUGCAUCAAUCGCCCGUAAUAUUACUCCCUCGAUUUUCUUCCUUUACACAGAUGGUGUGGAUGAAGAAGUUGCUAGACAUAGUACCGGACGCCUUACGUUUUUGCAGGAAGAAAUCACGCUUAUCAAGGCAGAGGUGCAUCUCAUGGAUCUUCCGGGACCUAAGUGGAUGGCUACUUUGAAGGAACGAAUUCAAAUUCUUUAUGAGGAAGUGGUGUUUCUGCAAGCUCUCCUUAAUGCACCAGACGACUGCCGUUCUCUUGGAAGUGAACUAAAUGUUUUGUUCACACAAGGGCGGGCUACAGUGAAGAUGGUCGGAUCACUUAUUAUGUCACUCAGUAAUAAGGAAUCGAAUGAAGACAUGCUGAACAAAAUGGAGUUAGCCACUUCUGGUUUUCUAGAAAGAACUAGAAUCAUGAAGACAUUGGCCAGAGAUAUUUUUGGAAGAGGUUCAUUCAAGUUCCCCAAGACUAAUGACCUAGGCUUUCUCAAUUCCUUCUUAGGAAAUCUGAAAGAACUCCUCCUCCAUAAAGUUGAUCUGGUUCCUUUCCCCAAACAUCAUAUUGCAAGAGUGCAUGACACAUUAGAGUAUCUGAAGAAGAACCUCUGGGAUGUUAUCAAGCAGAACAAUGAGCUAAAGAAUCUGAAGGCACGUGUUAUGCAAGCGGCCUAUGAGGCGGAAUAUGCUAUUGACUCAUUUUUGGUUAUGGAUCGGAACAUCUGGUGUAGUGUGGUUGAGAUGUCUGACAUUGUAGAACAACUUAAGUUGGUCCAGGCAGAGUUGUUGACAUAUCUGCAACACCAAAAUUUGAAACGGUUUGUGAUGUUGGAGGGGUUUCCAGCUGUGUAUCAUCACGAACUAAUGCUCAAACAAUCGAUGAUGAUGAUUUAG